AUGGAUUCAAUAACGACAAUAGGUAGAAGUGCCUUUGUUUCCAAAGGAAAUUUGAAUUCAAUCACAUUUGGUUCUAAAUCUAGUUUAACUACUAUUGAUCAAUAUGCGUUCCAAAAUUGUAAGAAAAUGAAGUUCAUCAACAUCCCAACAACUGUCACAACAGUUGGAUAUUUUGCAUUUGAUGGAUGUGAGAAUUUAAAUUCUAUUUCAUUUAAUUCUCUAAGCAUACUUGGUCAAUAUGCAUUCAGGAAUUGCAAGAAACUUUCUCAGUUGAAUUUAUUUGCUUCAACUUUAAAGACAAUUGAGACAUAUUGUUUUUCAGGCUGCUCUAGUUUGGCUUCAUUUAAUUUGCCAGAAAACUUACAGACAAUACAAAGCAACGCAUUUUCUGAUACAACAAGUUUAACUUCAAUUAUUUUUGUUUCAAAAAUCACUGAAUUAUUAGAUUCGUGUUUUUCAAAUAGUGGCUUACAAAAAGUUGAUUUAUCAAAUUGUAUCAAUUUGAUUCAAAUAAAUCCAUUCUCUUUCCAAGGCUGUUCUAGUUUAAGCGAACUAAUAAUUCCUCCUAAUUUGCAAGUGAUUGAAAUGUCAGCAUUUAGUAAUACGCAAAUUGUUAAUUUAUCAAUUCCUCAAUCAUUGAAAAGAAUAGAAACUUCAGCUUUUCAAAAUUGCGCGAAUCUUAAAACGUUCAAUAUUCCAGAGAACUCUCUUUUAGAGUUCAUUGGUUUGUAUGCUUUCAGAGAUUGCAUGAUGUUGAGUGUAAUAAAGUGUCCUGAAAGAGGAACAGAUCAUUUCAAAGUGAUAACAGGAGCUUUGUAUAAUUUUGAUAUGACAAAUUUAAUUCUAUUUCCUCCGGCAUCUUCUAUCACCUAUUUUAGUUUACCUGGCUCUGUUACAUCAAUUAACCAAGGAGCUUUCAUUGGCUGCAAGAAUUUGCUUUCAGUUUUGUUUCCAAGUGGUAGCGUUAGCAGAAUUUCAGCCAAUGCUUUUGAAGGUUGCUCAAGAUUGACAUAUAUAAACAUUCCUUUAUGCGUCACAAGUGUUGGUGAGAACGCAUUUUUAGGUUGCUCUAGUUUGAUUUGUGGUGUUCAAAUUGAAAAUACAAGUAAAGUUUUUAUAAAUGAAGUUAUUAAUAAAGCUGGUCUCCCAGCAUCUUCUUAUAAAGCAUGUGUCGAAAAUAUAAAAUCCUGUAGAACACAUUAUCAAAGUAGAUUUGAUAUGAUGACUUAUACUGUUAUGAUUGUUAUGUAA